AUGAAUAACGUGAGCCAGCCGUGCCUUGUGGUGGCAGGGAAGCCGGAGCCGUCGGUGCGCUGGCUGCUGGACGGCGAGGUGGUGGACGCCGACUGCGAGCGGCGCGUCGCGGGCGUCGUGGAGAACCGGCUGGCGUUCCGCGGCGUGGCGCGCCGACACCUGGGCGCCGUCUUCUCCUGCCAGGCGCGCAACACGCCGCUCGUGGAGCCGCGCCGCGUCGCCCUCACGCUCGACCUGCACCCGCCGGCUCAGUUGCAGAGUGGUCCAGUGAGUGUGCUGGAGGUGGUGACGCGUGCCUUGGUGUGUGUGGCAGUGCGUCCGCUGUGGGUGCGCGUGCUGGACCGGCCGGGGCAGCUGGUGGCGGGCCGCCGCUACGCGGUGCGCUGCGAGACUGCGGGGUCGCGGCCGCCGGCGGUGCUCACCUGGUACAAGGCGUCGCGCCCGCUGCGCAGGACCAAGGAGGAGACGGCGGAGAACACGACGGUGAGCGAGCUGACGCUGGUGGCCGCCACGGACGACGACGGCAAGGUGGUGACGUGCCGCGCAGAGAACCCCAACGUGACCGGCGCCUACCUCGAGACCAGCUUCACGCUCACCGUCGUCUAUCCACCUAUAGUGUCGCUCCUCCUGGGAUCCACACUGAACGCGGACGACAUCAAGGAGGGCGACGACGUCUACUUUGAGUGCCAAGUCAGGGCCAACCCACCCUGGCGUAGGCUCUCCUGGCUGCACAACGACGUGCCGUUGGCGCACAACCCGGCCGAGCGCGUGAUCCGUAGCAAUCAGAGCCUCGUGCUGCAGAAGGUCAGCCGCCAGAACGCCGGCCGCUACGUCUGUGUCGCCUCCAACGGAGAGGGCGAGACUCCAUCCAACGUCCUCACGCUCAGGGUCAAGUACGCGCCGCGGUGCUCCGAGGAGCGGGCAGUGGUGGUGGGCGCGUCGCGCUCGGAGACGCUGGACGUGUGGUGCCGCGUGCAGAGCGACCCGCCGGCGCGCGCCUUCCGCUGGAAGUUCAACAACUCGGGCGAGACGAUGGAGGUGGACAGCAAGCACUUCGCCAGCAACGGCAGCCUGUCACUGCUGCGCUACACGGUGCGCUCCGACCUCGACUACGGCACGCUGCUCUGCUGGUCCGACAACGCCGUCGGCGCGCAGGCCGCGCCCUGCGUCUUUCAGGUAGUGGCCGCAGGGCGACCGUUCCCGGUGCGCAACUGCUCGCUGUGGAACCAGACGGCGUCCUCCGUGGAGGUGGUGUGCCAGCCGGGCUUCGACGGCGGCCUGCCGCAGCACUUCGUGCUGGAGCUGCACGCCGCUCCCGCCUCCAGAGCCGGCACCGCUUCCAGCUCCAGCGCCAGCGCGCGCCUCAACCUCACCGCCAGCGACUUCCCCUCCUUCGUGCUCACCGACCUCGAGCCCGACCUGACCUUCUGGGCUGCCAUCUACGCCGUCAACGCCAAGGGCCGCAGCGUGCCAGUGCUCAUCGAGGAGAUCACCUCCAGGGACGCGGAGCGCAGAACAGGCGACGAGUCGCUGUCGGCGGCGCCAGUGAUGGGCGCCGUGCUGGGGGUGUCCCUGACGCUGCUGGCCGUGGCCCUUGGGGCUGCCGCGACGCUCAGCCGGCGAUCCAGGAGGCGGCGCCACCUGCCUGGCGGAGGGCUGCGAGCGUCGGGCGACCGCGUGCCGCUGUCCGCGCCGUCGCUUGGCAACGGCAGCGUGGUGUCCCCGGCUCUGGCGGGCAGCCUGGUGUCUCCGCCGGCCAGCAAGCUGCCCACGCCGCAGGGCUCCCUCACUCUGGUCUCGCCGCAGGGCCCGCUCGAUGCGGCCAGCAUGCUCACUCCACUGGGCUCAGCGCUCUGGCCCAGGACAGUCUCACCGCCACCCGUAACGGUGCGUACUGCACCUGCUGCUGAGUUGUAA